GGCUCCGGGUGGAGAGAGGAGGCGGCUCCGUGCCUGCCUCGCAGCCCGCCGAUCACACCACCCGGCCGGGCUCGUCCUGCCCGCCCCCCGCUUCCUUCCCUUGCUUUUCUGGGGCUGAUUCGGAGCCGGGGGCAUGUGGAUUGCGGCCGGCCAGUCUGGUCUGGACUUUGCGGAGCAGGAACUGAGCUUGACUGCUGGUCAGGCAACAGAGCUGGGGAGGAAUUGGAGCCCGGAUCUGGAGUACAACUUCUUGUUCUCUUGAACCGGAGUUUUUAAAAGAAAAAAGAGGGCACAGUGGGGAGAAAAGGGGGAGGUUACUCUGUGCCUGCUCCCCCCCCACACUUUUACCGAAGGAAGGGGACGCCCUCCUGAAGCUCCCCCUCCCCAGAUCUCCGCUCCCCAAUUUUGGAAACAAAAAGUGUCGCGACUGAACUAGUGCGCGGUGGCGGUUCUUGCAGCGCCGGGGACGAAGGCGGGCACCAAGCUCUUUUGGUGGAGGAAUAGCGGGGAGGGGUACCUGACUUUCCCAGGGAGGUCCCCUGCCUGUGUGUUGCAGUCCAAGUAGCCCGACCCAGCUACUAGAAGACACAAGCUAUCUUUUCCCAGACCUUCAGUUCUUUUCAGGGAGGCAGGAAGCUUCUCCAUUGACAGCCGAGGCAGGCAGUAGCACCAGAGAAAAAGCUGUUGAAGACCCUUUUUGUAACUUCUACUCCCCAACUUUCCUGAGGAUCUCAGAGGUGGAAAUGAGAGGUUCAGAGGAUGGGGCAGCUGGCACAGUAUUACAGAGGUUGAUCCAGGAACAACUCAGGUAUGGCACCCCGACCGAGAACAUGAAUCUGCUGGCCAUUCAGCACCAGGCCACCGGGAGUGCAGGACCGUCCAACAGUACGACAAGCACCCUUUCUUCCACGGAAAACCUUGCUCAAGAAGACCCACAAAUGGUCCACCAGUCAGCACGGCAGGAACCUCAGGGGCAAGAACAUCAGGUGGACAACACGGUUAUGGAGAAACAGGUCCGGUCCGCUCAGCCUCAGCAGAACAACGAGGAGCUGCCCACUUACGAGGAGGCGAAGGCUCAGUCCCAGUUCUUCAGAGGGCAGCAGCAGCAACAGCAGCAGGGGGCUGUCGCUCACGGUUACUACAUGCCCAGUACAACGAGUCAGAAGUCCCGGACUGAAGGGAGGCCCACAGUGAAUCGGGCCAACAGUGGCCAGGCUCAUAAGGACGAUGCUCUCAAGGAACUCAAACAGGGCCACGUCCGCUCCCUCAGCGAGAGGAUCAUGCAGCUGUCACUGGAGAGGAACGGGGCCAAGCAACACCUCCCUAGCUCGGGGAACGGUAAAGGGUUUAAGGCCGGUGGGGGACCGCCCCCCACCCAGCCUGCAGGCAAAGUGAUGGACCCGAGAGGCCCUCCACCUGAGUAUCCCUUCAAGGCCAAGCCGAUGAUGUCCCCCGUCAGCAAAACCCAGGAACAUGGGCUCUUUUACAAUGACCAGCACCCUGGGAUGAUCCACGAGAUGGUGAAACCCUACCCGCCUCCUCAGCCAGCAAGAACAGAGGUCGCUGUUGUGAGGUAUCAGCCACCCCCCGAGUAUGGAGUAACAAGCCGGCCAUGCCAGCUCCCAUACCCUUCGAUGCAGCAGCACAGCCCCAUGUCUUCCCAAGCCUCCUCCAUCAGCGGCCCGCUGCAUUCCAUCAUGCCCCCUCCCCUUCCACUGGCCAUGUUGCCCCAGCAGCCUCCGCCUGCCACGCCCCCGGGCCAGCAACUUGGCCCUGAAGCUUUUGCUAUUGUGGAGCGAGCACAGCAGAUGGUGGCAAUCCUAUCUGAGGAGAACCGGGUGCUCCGCCAGGAAAUUGAGGGGUAUUAUGACAAAGCUGACAAACUUCAGAAGUUUGAGAUAGAAAUUCAGAGGAUUUCAGAAGCCUAUGAGAGUCUAGUCAAGUCUACCACCAAGCGAGAGUCUCUGGAUAAAGCCAUGAAAAAUAAACUGGAAGGAGAGAUUAGAAGACUUCAUGAUUUCAACAGAGAUUUACGAGACCGCCUGGAGACUGCCAACAGGCAACUAGCAAGCAGAGAAUAUGAUGGGCAUGAAGAUAAAGCAACAGAAGGUCAUUAUGCUUCCCAAAACAAAGAGUACUUGAAGGAAAAGGAGAAGUUAGAGAUGGAGUUGGCUGCAGCACGUACUGCUAGUGAGGAUCAGCGAAGGCAUAUUGAGAUCCUGGACCAGGCUCUGAACAAUGCUCAAGGCAAAGUUGUCAAAUUGGAAGAAGAGUUACGGAAGAAACAAGCUUAUGUGGAGAAGGUAGAGAAGCUGCAACAGGCCCUGACCCAACUACAGGCUGCAUGUGAGAAGAGAGAGCAGAUGGAACGCAGGCUGAGGACUCGGCUGGAGAGAGAGUUAGAGGCCUUGAGGAUGCAGCAGAGACAUGGAAAUGGCCAGUCAGGCAACACAGCAGACCACAAUGCCCCAGCACUUAUGGAGCUUGUGAGGGAAAAGGAGGAGAGGAUUUUGGCCCUGGAAGCUGACAUGACCAAGUGGGAACAGAAAUACCUGGAGGAGAGUACCAUCCGACACUUUGCCAUGAAUGCUGCUGCCACGGCAGCAGCUGAGAGGGAUGCCACAAUCAUCAACCACUCCAGGAAUGGCAGCUACAGCGAGAGCUCCCUAGAGGUUCGCAUCUGGCAGGAGGAAGAAGAAGUCGUGCAAGCCAAUCGGAGGUGCCAGGACAUGGAAUACACCAUAAAAAAUCUCCAUGCCAAAAUCAUAGAGAAAGAUGCCAUGAUUAAGGUCCUUCAGCAGCGAUCUAGAAAAGAUGCAGGAAAGACAGAUGCCUCCAGCUUACGUCCUGCCCGCUCUGUCCCCUCCAUUGCUGCUGCCACCGGCACACAUUCACGCCAAACGUCUCUUACCAGCAAUCAGUUGGCUGAGGAGAAGAAGGAGGAGAGAACUUGGAAAGGGAGCAUUGGAUUGCUGUUAGGGAAGGAGCACCAUGACCAUGCUUCUACUCCCUUGCUGCCAACACCUCCUCCCCUGCCACCACCAGCGGCCUCAUCUCUGUCCCCAGCAGCUUCCAUGGUUCUGGUUGGCAGUGCCCACGCCAAAACAGGCAGCAAAGACAGCAGCACCCAGACCGACAAGAGCUCUGAACUCUUCUGGUCCAGCAUGGCUACUUUCCCUAGUCGAGGCAAGCUGAGCUCUACCCCUUCAAACAGCCCCAUCUUGAAGCAUACAGGGGCCAAGGGGACUGGAGAAAAGUUGGAGACCUCUCCCAGCCAGGGGAAGCCUCCAGAUAACAAAGGCCGAGUCAGCAGUUUGCUUCAUAAACCCGAGUUUCCAGAUGGAGAGAUGAUGGAAGUCCUUAUCUAGAAGUUGUCCUCUCCCUCGGGAACAUGGAAUUUUGAUGCCCAAGAAGAAUUAUUUAGGGCAAAGAAAAGGGGAUGGGAAAGAGGAAGGGAGGGAGGGAGGGAGACGGAGAAGGUUGGUGGGUGGGAUUUCAAAAACAAUUCAAAAGGAUAGGGAUUUCAGAUCCUAAAAACACAUUUAUUUUUAAAGGUAGAUGGAAACAGGAGACCUUGUACAUGACUGAAGAUGAAUGAUAGUACUAUGGAUUAUUGCAAAGAGAAGGAAAAGGGAAGAUAAGUAUGGAUUUGGAAAGGAAUUUAACAGAAAAUAGAAAGUAGCAAUUUUUAUUGUCUAGAAAAAGUAUCUCUUGGAAAGGAUAUGUUCAGAACUAUUCUUUUGAUUAAGAAUGGUUAAACUCCCAAAUUGUUUUUUCCUGUUAUAGCCCUAUGUUUCUUUUUGCAUGUUUUUUAUAAGCAAAGAAAAUAUUUAGCUAUCACUGAACCUUUCCUGAUUAUGUACAACAUCCCUGAACCAUCAUCAGGGCUUCCCAUGAAGGGUUAUGAGCAUGUUGCUGUGGGUGUGAGUAAGUACAAUUCAAUGUCCACAGAGAGAUGGGAUACUGGAAAGGGAUGGCAUCCCCUAAGCAAUUUCAGGAUCCAAAUUUCCAGGAGAUUUGGAAAUUUCUUCUUUCCCUCCCAUCCUAGAUUUAGCAUUAUCUUCUAAGAAAGUUGUGCUCCUUGGGCUUUUGAUGCUCUCUCCACCUAAAAUUCAUCCUUCUUCUUAGAACUAGGAUUUUAAAGAGCAUAAUUUUAAAUAUUCUCAUUAUUCUUUCUGUACUUAGUAAUGAACUAGAAGCUUUCUAAAGCCAUAGUCUAGUUGUCUUGCUUUUCUCUCUACCCCAUCUCCAGACCCCUAGCUCAUGUGUAUGAUAACUCAUUCUGACUGUAAAAUUCUUGUUAGUGAAUUCUUGUUAAUGAAGUAGGAUAUGCCAUUGAUGAUACUUUUUUCAUUAAGAGAAUGACACUUUCUUUCUUUUCUUUUUUUAAAAUUGUUCUUACCCGAAUCCAUUAUUCAGAUUUCUCUAGUUAAGAGGAUGGGAAAAGGGGAUUUUAUGUAACAGGCCUUUAAUAAUCUGCCCAGCUCCUUCUAUACCACAGCAGCCACCUUAUUCAAGAUUUCUUGUACUUGUGGCUCCAGAAACAUCUCCAUAUGUAUACACACAUACAUAUAUACACAUAUUGCUUUGUCUUCCCUUUAUUAAGGAUGUGUUUAAUAAUACAUUAGCACACAUGAUAGGGAUGUUUUAAUUAUUCUUCUGAUCAGCCUUUCCUAGAUGAGGCAUAUGGAGUAUAUUGUAUGUAAAAAUAUAUGCCAUAUUAGAUAGUUAUUAUUCCUCUUAUACUCUGGAGUGAAAAAGGUCAAAAUGACAUUGCAUGUUUCUUCCCUUUCAGUUUGAUUUCCUUUGAAAAUUUAGAAAAUUCCAUGUCAUAAAGGGGUGAGCCUUGAUUUUAGAGCUACCUCUCCAAAAUGGCUCCAAAUCUGUCAAUAAACAAGUAUUUAUUUCCAUGUCACAUUUUCAUCCCUAAUGUCACCUAUAUUUUUGAUGCUCUAGAGACAGUCUGGCAUAGUGGAAACAAUGCUAAACUCAAUGUUAGAAGAAUCAUAUUCAAAUCUUGUUUCAAGCACAUAUUGUCUAACCAUACAAUAAAUAAAUCACAAAGCAAAAAUAAUAAUUAUAACAAGUAUUUAUUAAACACCAAGUAGGCAUUUAUUUACAUUCUAAUCAUCCAAGACCACUAAACUUGACCACAGAAAAAUUAUCUUGCCUUCUUGGGACUCAGUGUUGUUUUCCAUAAAAAGACUAGGCUGAAGUAAGGUUCUUUUCUGUUCUCCAAUUUUAUCAUUCUAAACUAAUUUGUUCUACUUUUUUUUUCUUCCCAUGGUCACCUCGAAAAAAAAGUGAAACCUUGUGUGUGUUCUUGCUUAAUUGACAGCUAGAGAUAAAAAUACCUUUGGAACCCUUCCCACUUAUCUGGUCAGUUCUUUUAAGGCAAAUCUUUGGAAUUUAGCUGAUGUAUGGAUUUUAGCUUCCCCAGAAUAUGAGCUCACAACCUGACCAGAUAAAAAUAAUGAAGGAGUUUUCAUCUAAGCAGGAAGGAGAAACCACUGACUUUAGACCUAGAAUGGAUUUUUUUUAUUCAUAUUCAUUUGUUAAAACUUACUCUCUGUUUAUGUGAUAAAGGUCCACAGAAGGCAGAGACUAUAGGAGAUGCCUCUUUCCAUUGGUUAACUCUGCUCUUACUUCUUUCAUUGUGAAGUCCCAGGAGUUUUGGGAUGGAGGAGAGCAUAGAUUAAUGGCAAGUGAUAUGCAGAGUGGAUUGAAUGUCCCCAUACUCAUCUCUGAUCAAUUUUACUAAACUGGUGACAGAAUUAAACUGAUGGAACUAUCUCUGAAGAUGUUGAUCUCUAGCACUAAUCAGUAUUUAGUGAGCACAUAAUUCCUCCAGAAGCAAGGGAUUAAUCCCUAUGUUGUCACACUUGUAGCAACACAAAAAAUUGGGGUGAAAAUUCAGAACUGAGACCUUUAAAUUCUACCACUAGCUUCCAUCACUGAGAAAUGUCCAUUGAUAUCAAUAAUAAAGAAGGUUUAGUAACAUUCCCUAAUAAACAGAGAACUGACAAUUAGGAAACAAAAGAAAGUACUCUCUGAAAUUGCUCUUGCAUUGACUAGGACAGAGGAUUUUUCAGCAACAUAGUCAGCAGAUUUUAAUCCUUGAUCACAGAAUAUCACUGGAAUUUUACGGGUGGAGAAUCAAUGAUAAAGCAAGAGAUAAAGUCUUUAUAUACACAAUGAAAUAUUGCUAUUAAGAUAAUUUCAUUUAUAUUAUUGAAUGAAUUAACCAUGAUUAAAUCAUGGCAAAUUAGUUUGCAGUUUGGGGCCUCAGUUUCUUCAUCUGUAAAAUUAGGAAAUUGGACUAGAUGAUACAUUCUAAUUCAUCAAAAAACUUAACCUAUUUUGUAGCUAGUGUGUAAGAGCAUCCUUAGGAGGACCAUACCCAAUACUAUACAUUGGUAGAAAGUACCCUGACACCAGAUUUUUCAGCUAUCUAAAAGCAGAUUUCCCCCACCUCUUGCAAAUAGAGAAGAGACCCUCGUUUCUUAACCUGUCAAGAAUUUUUUCUUUUCAUUUCCCUUCAGUUCUUGUUCUCUUAAACUUCUCAGAUGUUAGUUAACCCAGACAAUGGAAAGUGCCAAGUUUAGCCUAUCCUGAAUGUGCUUCCAGAGUAGAACAUCAUUCACUUUUUUCAUUUGAGUAACAUCAAUUUUUCUGCAGUGAAAUGAAAGUUCUUAAGCCUUUUCCCCCUUUAAAGGUCAAGAAGUGAGCAGUUGCCUUUGGAAUCUAUUAGUGUUCUUGAAUUCCAUCCAAAAGUUUGGUUUAAACCAUAGAACUGGAUGCUCAAAGUGAAUUCAAAGUCUUAACACAAAAAAGGUCUUUGGACAGUCCUGAAGGGGAACCUCCCUUCUGAAUCUCAGCUGCCAGGGAAUAAAUCUCCUGAAGGUUAGCUCCAUCCCACCCUUGAAUGACUCCCAGAUAAGAUUCAGUUACUCUAUUUAAGCAUAAUCAUUUCUUGUGUUGUCUCACCCCUCUGUAUCAUUAUGAUUAUGAGUAUAUACAUCUAUGGUGGCCAAAACACAAAACCUUAUGCUGAAUUCUAAUUGGAUCACGGUUGUCAUGGAGAUAACAGAGAGAGAUAAGGGAGAGGGGCUGAUUUUCUUUGGGUUCUCCAAUGGAAAAGCCCACCAGGAACAUAGAGAUUCCUACUACAUCCCAAUAAUGUAUGUAAGGAGGGAAUGAUGAUAGGGUAGUUAAUGAAACAAUGGCCAACAAGGUCAGAGAUGCUACCUUUACAUUGCAAAGAACUGUACCGAACCAAGAGAUACGUUUUCUAGUACUACAGUCUUGUUAAUUCUGUGUGUUUAUUUUUUAUGUGUACCUGAAAAACAUUUUGUAUUAGUCUUUAUGGUUUUGAACUUAUCAAAGGAGUGAUGUGUCUAUAACAAAAGAAAUCCCAUGGACACUCUUCAUGUUUCCAGAUGGGCUGUAUGAUAUAAUACACAUCUUCCUUCUUGUCAGUCCACUUCCUAUCCCCAAACCUGAGAUGACUCAAUAUAUGUUUUGUAAACUUUUGUUUUCUUUCUUUAUGAAGAAAUCUAAAUGUUUCCAAGUGUGUGGUCCGUGUGAAUUGUUAAAAGUGUUUGUAUCUGCAAAAGAGUGGACUUCUUGAGAAAUGGAUUAUUUAGCAAGUAACCAAGAAAUGGUCAGCAGAGAGAUGACAAUGGUUAGCAUUUUAUUAAGUGGAUUUCUUCAAAGAAAUGGCAAAAAUGCUCCUAUUAAAAGUUUCUUUCCUUUUUAUAGUAGUUGUACCCUUUUCUCUUCUAAAUAUUUAAUGGUGUACAUAUACAUGUAUAUAUGUAAGUGCAUAUAUACAGAGAGUGACUAUCAAGUGAUGUGACGAAAAAAAUUUUUAUUUUUAGCAAAUACGCCAGACCUUAUACAUCUAAGUGAAUGAUGUACCCUUUAAAGUCAUCUGCUUAGGGCACCACACAUUUAUUCCAUGAUGCUGCCAUUGCUUAAAACAUGUCUGGACCACAUAUUGCCUAUGAUGUGUUUUUGAACUCUCUUAAUGCAGGCAAAUAUUCUCUUUUUAAAGAUGAGAUUGCCUUUGAUUUUUGGUGCCAAAUCUCUUAGAUAAAGUAGACAAUCAAAUUGGGUAAAACCAAUUUUGUCUCUUGGAUAAAGUGGAUAAUCAAAUUGGGUAAAACCAGUUUUGUCUAUUGGAUAAAGUGGAUAAUCAAAUUGGGUAAAACCAAUUUUGUGAAAAGAAAAUUAUAACUCCCAAAGCUGAUUUUCUUUUCCAGGAAUCACAGAUCCCUUGUGUUAGAAAACCUUAGAGGUCACCUAAUGUUGCCUUUACUUAAACUGAAAUCAUCUCUAUAGCAAUCCAACUCUGGCUGGAAGGUCUCCAGUGAUGGCAGACUUUGUUACUGACCAGGGCAGCACUAUCAUCACUUUACUGUGGGCCUACUGCAGUUCCUAGGAUAAGGUAUGGGCUUAAUCAGUGUGGUGAAUCCCCACUUCAGGAGCUGUACAUGCUGAUGAUAUAUAAAAUAGCUAAAAAAAAUUUCUUAUCUCUACCUUGGAUAAUACUCACCUGUUGUUCCAAGGGAGCCAAUUAAAUUGUGGCCUAAAUUUAGUCUUGACAGAAGGGCCCAAAAAGAUGUUCCAAAAAUGUUUUGAGUAAUAGUACAAUCAUUCAAGGAGUACAGAAGGACAAUACUCAUUUGGAUGUAUAUAGUUCCAGUAUAUUUGUUUGUUUGCUUUUUAAUAAAAGGUUCCAUCACUCUCAUGAUGUCAUGCAUGUAUUUGUAUGUAUAUGCACACUCUGCGAGUAUAUGUGUAUAUUCAUUAGUACGUACAUUCAGUAGGUAUUGAGCAAAACUGUGUUUUACGAAAUGCAUGUCGUUUUAUAAUACCAUUGCAGUAUGCUUUGUGGGAUUUUGUUCCUUCAUAGAAUUAAUAUUACAGUUACAUAUAAAUAAAUAUAUUUGCAGCAUUUUCUUCUAGUGUCAGUGCAGAAAGUUUUGCUCUCUAAGCAGUGUGUUUACACAUGAUUUUGUUCCAAAAUUUGUCUGCCUUGUAAACAACUAUUUAUUACAGAAUGGAAUGUAGGCAAAUGUAAACCCCUUUUUCCAUUUGCAGAUUUAGAAAUUAUCUCAUCAUUUUCAGUUGAAUUGAGAUGUUUUUCCCUUUUGAAAAAAGCAAUGUUUCAUUCCCCAUAGUUGAAUGAGAGAUCAGAAUCUAGAGAAAAUAUCAUGGGUUGGACCCUUCUCCCCAUCUCCUGUGAUGGUUACUGGUUGUGCAUGGCACCUGCUAUUGUUAUUCCUGCCUGCUCCAUGUGUAUGUGUCUUGGUGCUUUGUGAAUUUGUGCUGUAUUCAUUCCAGGUGACAUCGGUAACUGGUUGUAAAAUAUUGGCAUGUGAUUACUGCUGGUCUGUAUAGAAUGGGGUGUACAGUGUUGUACAGCCAGAUGGGGAUGUGUACAUACGGGGAAGUCCAAGCGUGUGAUAUGUCCCCCCCACAGCAAAUAUUGAUAUUGUUGGUCAGCCAAAGAUUUUCCUAUUCUUUGCUGCUUAAACUUGUGCCUUAAUAUUGUAUAUAAUAAAUGGAUUAAAUGGUC